AUGUUAAGGACGUUGGUGAAAACGCUGAAGGAGGCGGCGGCAAACAUCAAGGCCGCCGUGUCUCAGCUAAGAGAGCGGACGAUAUCGGAGGAGGUGGCGCGGCUGGAAGCAGCAAACGCGCGCCUCCAAAGGGACAUGGAGGAGCUACGGCGCGAACUGAAAGACAUUGACAAGCGUCGACCUGCCCAGCCUGGCGAAGCAGAUAUCCGGCAGCUGCUGGAUGAAGUAUCGCGUGCCAACGUGGAAACGUUUGGCACCAUACUCAACGCCAGGCUGGCAGGACUAGAGGAUCGUCUCCUCCCUGAACCGCGGCGCCGGCCUCCGCUGGCGGCGGACAGGAGAUCGGAAGAUAACACCGCCCCCGCUUCGCUCCCUAAGGCGAAACAGGGGGCGAAGAAGAAGGUACCAGCCAAAGAGCCCCUGCCCACAACAUCGGGCACCGGGGCUCAGGAUCAGGCGUCAACCUCGGCGGCUGCCCCAGGCGAGGCUCCGCCCCAAAACAAAAAGAAAGGCAAAAAGAAGAAAAAGAAGAAGCAGCCGAGCCUGGCCGCUAAAGAGGCCGCACAGGCGAGGGACAAGUCUGCCCCUACGCCCGCCGAAGCCCCGUGGACUACGGUAGUGACCCGCGGGGCCAAGAAAGCGGCCAAGAAGGCGUCCAAGGGGCCGGACAAGACUCGCCCUCCCGAAAGACCGAAGACCAAACUACGGGCCCAAAGACCGCGGCGCCGAGGCGAAGAGCCGCAUAAACCUCGCGGAACUCGGCAUCGCCGCAUAAACCUCGCGGAACUCGGCAUCGCCGCCGUCAAGUUCCGCAGGGCGGCCACGGGCGCCCGAAUAUUGGAGGUGGGGGGCGAAGCAGCCCCGGAAAAGGCCGACUCUCUGGCCGCUAAGCUCAGGGAGGUGCUCGGCCCGGAGAAGGUCAGGAUCGGCCGGCCGGUGAAAUGCGCCGAAGUGCGCAUCACUGGCCUCGACGACUCUGUCACCGCGGCCGAGGUCGUGGAGUCGGUGGCCAGAGAGGGUGGCUGCGCGGCCGAAGCUAUAAGGUCGGGCAAUCUCGCCUUCGGCCCGAGGGGGGAUGGCUCCCUAUGGCUGAGCGUGCCAGUGGCGGCCGCCAAAAUGGUGACCGACGCCGGUCGCGUGAGGGUUGGCUGGACCUCAGCCAGAGUGGUGCUGCUCGCCCCGCGGCCGACGCGGUGCUUCCGCUGCCUCGAGACGGGGCACAUGGGUGCCAAGUGCCAGUGUGAGGUCGACCGCAGCAAGCUAUGCUUCCGCUGCGGAAAGCCAGAUCACCGGGCACGGGACUUUUUGGCAGACCCGAACUGCCCCGUCUGUGAGGCGGCGGGCAAACCGGCGGGCCACACGAUCGGCGGCGACGGCUGCGUCACCGCCGGGCAGAAGCCGUCGAAGAGAAAAGAGAGAGGUGCGCCUAAGCGAUGGCCUCGGCGCAAGGCCAAGAAGGCCGGAGUGGAGCGGAUGGACACCAGUUCGACCUGCUGGCCCUCUCGGGACGACUGGGCGGGUGAUGUCGGCAACCUGGUGGCCAUCUCCGCUCCGGCCCGCGACGGUUCCCCCCCUCUCCGAAAGGUGGCGAGAGGCACGGGAAUCGUGCUCGUGGUCGUCGGGGGAGUGGCCAUAGUGGGGGUGUAUUUCCCACCCAGCUGGCCCCUCGCCGACUUCGAGCGCGCCCUCGCAGAGGUGCAGGCGCUCACGGCGCGGGUCUCCCACGUCCCCGUGAUCGUCGCGGGGGACUUCAACGCCAAAUCAACGGCUUGGGGAUCCCCCGCGACGAGCACGAGGGGGGAAGAGCUGGAGGACUGGGCGGCCGCGUCGGGGCUAAUGCUCCUCAACCGAGGAAGGGAGCUGACCUGCGUGCGCCAACAGGGGGGGUCCAUCGUGGACCUCUCCUUUGCGUCCUCGGUCUUGGUGCCCAAAAUCUGUGGAUGGAAGGUCGAGGUGGAUGUGGAGACUUAG